AUUGUGCAGGAGUAUGAAAGGGCCGUGAUUUUUCGAUUGGGUCGUAUUGUGGACAAGAAACCAAAAGGACCUGGAAUUUUCUUUGUGCUGCCGUGUACUGAUACAUUCAGGAAGGUGGACUUGAGAACUGUUACAUUUGAUAUUCCUGCUCAAGAGUUCCUGACGAAGGACUCUGUGACUGUGAGUGUGGACGGUGUGGUGUACUUCCGUGUCUUUGACCCGAUCUGUUCCGUGGUCAACGUGUCCAACGCAGACCACGCGACACGGCUGUUGGCACAGACCACCCUGAGAAAUGUCCUGGGCACAAAGAACCUUUCUGAGCUGCUGUCUGACCGAGAGGGCAUCUCAUCUAGCAUGCAGAUUGCCUUGGACGAGGCCACUGGCGUGUGGGGCAUUAAAGUGGAGCGAGUGGAGAUAAAGGACGUUAAACUGCCGAUCCAGCUCCAGAGAGCCAUGGCUGCAGAGGCUGAAGCAACUCGAGAAGCCCGUGCCAAGGUGAUUGCAGCUGAGGGCGAGAUGAACGCCUCGCGGGCCCUGAAGGAAGCGUCUCUGGUGAUGUCCGAGUCUCCAUCAGCUCUUCAGCUGCGAUACCUCCAGACUCUAAACACGAUCGCAGCCGAAAGAAACUCCACCAUCAUCUUCCCCUUGCCCAUUGAUAUCAUUCAGCAUUUCAUGUCGAAAAACUAUUGAUGAAUCCAGAUUGUGCUCUUCGAUAAUGUGUUUGUGUUCUUAGAAAGUUGUGUAACAUAUCCAUUUAAUUAACUGGUGAAAUUUAUCCAGACUCUUCAACAGACCUCAGAAGUCUCGCAGCUGACUUUCAGCUCAUUUAAAAGUAGGAACAGGAUGCUUUUACAUGAUCUUUUUAAUAUUUAAACCCAAAGUGCAAUAAAGUGCAACAUAAUCAUCGCAACAGUGAUAGCUACACUAACAAGGUUUGAAUCAAACAAAUGACUGCAUAUCAUCUCACAGCGUUAAGACAUGCUUUUCCAAUAACGUGUUGUAACAUAGAUCACAUAAAGCUCAUAUAAGCUGUACAACACAAAUUAGGAGAAGA